AUGAAGCUCACAAGCAUGUCGUUCCCCCUGAUGCCCCUCAUCAGGAUAUCCCAGGGUGUCUUUGCUCUCCUGGUGAUAAUCCUAUCAGGCUUUGUCGCCAACUGGUACACGAGCACGACCCCCUUGCCGUCACCGUCACAAGUCACCUUCCUCCUUUUCAGCGAGGGUCUGUCCCCAAACCCGUACAUAACCGCCCCCUUCGACCUCACCAACGCACUCUUCCACCUGGCCGGCUUCUCGGCGCACGCCGCUUUUCUCAACGGCCUGCUCUUCUGCCGCGGAGACGUCUGCCACGCCGCCCAGGCCUCGGUCGCUUUCGCCGCGUUCUCCUUCGCCGUCUGGUCGGCGUCGGCCGCGCUUACCGUUUUGGAGGCGGUGAAGGUUAGGCGUGCUGGUGCUGGUGCUGGUGCUGGUGCUGCUGUUGGGGGUGGUGCUGGGAGGCCCGCUGGUACGGGUGCCAUGCCGUGGCCGGGGAAGAAGGAGGCUGUUUGA